AUGAUGGAACACAAGCAAGAAGUCAGUGAGCCUACAGACCUCGCUGUCAUCUCCGUGCAGUCGCGUCUCCUUCCCUUCUGGCGUGAAUAUCCUCGCAUGUGGUUCAUCCAAUUUGAAGCCGUCGUCGAGCCGCAGAAGACCAGUGACGAAAACAAAUAUCGUUACGUCCUGGGCCAACUACAACCGACCGACCUUCAACAUGUCACAGACAUCGUGAUCAAGCCGCCAGAAACCAAGAAGUACGAGGCCAUCAAACAACGCCUUCUCUCCGUGUACGAGCAGUCCGAGGUGAAAAACUUCAAAAACCUCAUCAGCGGAUUAGAGCUUGGCAACCAAAAACCGUCUCAGUUGCUACGACGUAUGCGCGAACUCGGCGGCAACAUGAUCACCGAAGAUGGCAUCAAGAUUGAGUGGAUGAACCACCUUCCGCCGCAAAUGCGAGUUGUGCUGUCUGUGAACACAGAUUCAUCACUCGAUAUGCUCGCGGCUAUGGCAGACAAGAUGAUGGAAUAUUCCGAGUCGGCAAAUAUCGCAGCUGUCUCUUCAUCUCAACCAGAUUCUGCAGCGGUUAACCAACAAAUCAUGUCCGCGCAGAUACAAGUGCUUUCUAAACAACUUGAGAAUCUGACAAUCGAGAUCUCCGAACUUCGUAGCCGUGGAAGACCAAACCAUCGUCGUCAUCAGCGCUCCCGCUCAAGGUCAAAGUCUACGGCAAGGCAUCAACACGAUCCCAAUCGAGUAUGCUACUACCACUACCGAUUCGGGGAUCAAGCGAGACGCUGCGUGUCACCGUGCGCUAGGCGAAAUCAAAAGAAGUCGGAAAACUAGAAGAGGCACCGACCGUGGCGGACGUCGGUGUAACUACGGCAAGUAACCGCCUAUGUGUCUUCGAUCGCAACACGAAUCACCGUUUCCUCGUUGACACCGGUGCGGAUAUCUCCGUCCUAGCCGCCACCCCGAUACAUAAGAAGAAAUGUUCGCC